AAGAGAAGGUAAGAGAGUUGGAGUAAGGCGACAACAAGAGCGCACUACGGACCAAAGUGAGUAUUAUGUAAGGCACUCCCCGCAUCGACGGAAGUACCGUACUCGCAGUUUCGGCCUUUGACGUCUGUUUCUGAAGUUCUAUAUAUGCCUCGAGAUCUGCCUGGAUUGUACUGGGAUGAAGGAAAACAACGCCUCAAGUUGUGGGCCCCAGCACCCUACAUCCGCCGACCAGGCCGCAAUCCGAGCUAUCGAAAUCGGUCUCUCUUGCGCGCAAAGGAAGAUGCCAGGUUCAGCUUCCGCACCACUCAUAAAAACAAGUUGAUGCACCAGAUAUCGUGCUUCCAAGUAGCGCGGACGUCCCAUGUCGCAUCAUCAUCCAUUCUAUCACUUACACGCUGCGCUAUCACUGCCUUCCAGGCCGUAUCCUACAAUAACAAUGUCCACAGUUUUGCAGGGGAUACAGGAGGGUGGUUUUACUCGUCAGUCAUUGGUCGAGACGAGCCUAAGUUCAGUCUCUCCUCAGAGAUCUCUUCCAUAUGUAUAUCUGGUUCCCGCUGCAUUGCAACUUCGUUUGGUCCAGAGAGCAAAAUAUUGCACUUCCCCCUUAACUUGGACUCAGAAGACAUCCGUGUGACUCGUGUAAAUAAUCGCUCUGUUCGUGACAUAUGGACAGCCGACUUUCAAGGUACCCGCUUGGUGCUGGGCACGAAUGAUCAGGCUGUUGUCAUCGAUGACGCUGCUGACCGAGCGACCGUUUGUUUUAUGAAAACGGGUAGCGACGUAUUUGCCGUUGCUCAAGAUAAUAAUAUUAUUUAUACAGGGUCCCGCGCUGGCAUUGUCCAACGUUUUGAUAGCCGUAUAGCUAGCACCAAGGGCGAUCGCAUUUUUAACGACCCAAGUACGACCCAGAAUAAUUCAGUGACCAACCUCAAGAUUUUUUACGACUGGCAACUUCUCACGAGUAACAUCGACGGAAGCCUGGCUAUGUUUGACCUCCGCUUCCCUAGCAAUCGGACACCUAUAAUGUCGUUUACAGGCAAUAUCAACACCUACACUACAAAGACUCCUAUUGCUGUUGAUCCACAUGAACAAUUCCUCUUUGCAGCUGGUCAAGACCGCCGGAUUCGUCUGUGGUCUCUCCGUACAGGAGGUCCACCGCUUGUUUCGCCUGCUAGCGUGUUUCUGAAACCAUUUGAAGAUCUGGUCCGUGCGCUCCAAGUUGUUGAGGAAAAAGAGGGCGUUCUGGGCUUGUGGGCCACAUCGGGCCCAGCACUCUACAAGUAUAACCUAGGUCAAAGGAUGGAAGAAGAGUCUGAGGCGAUGCAGUGCUGAUCACAGACUCCAGCCUGUUUUUUUUGCUCACAACCAUGCUCUGUUUUUGCGUGUCAUCAAGGCAGCUGGGGGUUUGAUGAAGUUGCAGUCAUUCUGCAAAGUCGCUCGUGAUGCGGGGUAUCACUGGGCGUGGAUCGACUUAUGCUGCACCGACCAGAAUA